CACUUGCAGCUUCUGUCCACACGGCAACCCUCCCUCUCCUCCCUCCGCAACCAACCCCCAACCCUCCCCCAACCAAGUUGUCAUCAGCAAGCAGAAAUGCCCUUCCUAACCAUCCAAACAAACACAACCGCAACCGACCGCGAGGCGCUCGUCUCGGCGCUCUCGGCCCUCGGUGUGAAGCUUCUGUCCAAACCCGAGAAGUACAUGGUGGUGAACAUCAACGAGAACGCUACGCUCGCGUUUGGUGGCAGUCAGGAACCGGCUGCCAUCGUUGAGGUCAAGUCGAUCGGUGGGUUGACAAAGGAGAACAACAAGGAAAUCAGCGCCCAAAUCCAACCCCUCCUGGAGAAGCACCUCAAAGUGCCCGCCUAUCGGUACUACAUCUUUUUCUCGCAUUUCGACGCUGAGGACGUGGGCUACGCCGGCGCGACGUUCGCGACGUUGUAAGGGGCACGCACAGCAAUACCAUGCCAUUGGGUGCAAAAAGUCGAUGAUGUUGAGCAGAUGUAGGCCGGAUUCGGAUAGGUCUAACGGCGUAGGUGCAUGGCAAUGGUUUUGAAAAGCGUAGGUUUGUCGUGAAUAUGAUACUAGGAAGUAUGAACUAUCAAGCGGAAAUCUGUUGUGCGUGCGAUGUCUAGUCAUCGAUCGAAUACAUUCGUUCCGUAUAGUUUCCUGCCAUUGCAUCUCGCCGGCCUUCAAGUUGAUGUCGUUGAAUGUCGGUCGAUUCUU